AUGUCUAAUUCUAUAUUUUCCACGCCUGCUUCUUCUAUCACUGCCAUUAAGGCUACAGCAUCCAAUUCAUCUGGUUCAAAUAAUAAUAGUAAAUUAGAGAAUUCUUUAGAGUCGCUUCAAAAAUCUUUUAUUUUUAAUAAUAACUUACCAGCAGAUCCUAUAACACCACCAACCUUUUCCACUUCCAUCACCACCUCCUCAACUUCUUCAUUACACCAAACACCAAGACUAGUAAAGAACUCAGUUUUUAGUUAUACAAUGCCUGAACCAGUACCUGAUCCUCAAUUACUUUGUAUAUCAAAUAAAGUUUUAAAAGAUAUUUUAACUUUGGAAGAAUUUGAAAAUUUGCCAGAAAUUGAAAAGAAAAAUUGUUUGGAUAUUUUAAGUGGUAAUAAGAUUGCCGAAAAUACUCGUCCUUGGUCACAUUGUUAUGGCGGUCAUCAAUUUGGUUAUUACGCUGGACAACUUGGAGAUGGCAGAGCAAUGUCUUUAUUUGAAUUCAUUAAUAAUAACAAUGAAAAAUGGGAAUUACAGUUGAAAGGUAAAACACCAUAUUCUAGGAUGGGUGAUGGUUAUGCUGUAUUAAGAUCUUCCAUUAGGGAAUUCCUUGCAUCAGAAGCAUUGUCAGCAUUAGGAGUCCCAACAUCAAGAGCAUUAUCACUAGUUCAUACACCAAAACGUAAAGUAAUAAGAGAGUCGAUAGAAACAGGGGCGAUUGUUUGUAGAUUGGCACCAAGUUGGAUAAGAUUUGGUAGUUUUGAGAUUUUUUAUCAUAGAAAAGAGAAAAAAGAAUUAUUACAAUUGGCUGAAUUUGUUUGUGAACACCUGUAUAACAUUAAUAGUGAAGGCGAUGGUAAUAAUGACAAGUACGGAAACAAGUUUGGUAGAUUGUUUAAUGAAGUAUCAAAAAGAACCGCUUUAAUGGUUGCAAAAUGGCAAGCUAUAGGGUUCUGUCAUGGUGUUAUGAAUACUGAUAAUAUGUCUAUCCUUGGUUUAACCAUUGAUUAUGGACCAUAUGGAUUUUUAGAUGUUUAUAAUCCAGGUUGGAUAUGUAAUCAUUCUGAUUAUGAGGGAAGAUAUUCAUUUAAAAAUCAACCAGUAACUUGUUUAUGGAAUUUAUUACAGCUGGGUAUAACAUUUCAAGAAUUAAUUGGUUUGGGAAAUGCUAUUGACAGUAAUGAUGAAAAAACUUUACAAAAAGGCGAGGAAAUUAUUGAUUUGAUAUUGGGAGAAUUUCAAGAAAAUUUUCUUAAAGAAUAUGAAAAUUUAAUGCGUAAAAAAUUAGGAUUUAACACUACGGAAUCAGAUGACUUGGACAAUAUUAUAACUCCAUUAUUAAAUUUAUUAUCAGCUCAUUCAAUAGAUUAUCAUCAUUUUUUUUAUUCGCUUUCUUCGUUCUCAAUUCUCAACUUUUCUUCUUCGGUCAGUGGUGAUGGUUCCCUGCCAGAAAAUAUUAUAAAAACACUAUUGACGCAAAAAACUCAAAAAGAAGUAAACUCAAAAGAGAAGGAGAUGAUAUUGAAAGAUUUUCAAGGAUGGUUUUUGGAAUCAUAUUUGAAAAGAUUAAUAAAAGAAAAUCAAAAUUUUGAUGAAUCGUUGGAAAGAAAUAGGAUCAUGUCGAUGAAACAAACCAAUCCAAAAUUUGUGUUAAGAAAUUGGGUACUUGAAGAGGUUAUCAAAAGAGUUGAGAGAAAUAAUGAUGUUGGUGUUGAUGUGUUGAAAAGAGUUUUGAAAAUGUGCCAAGAACCUUUUAAUGAGACUUGGUGUAGUGAUGAUGACUCUGUUAAUAAUGAGGAAAUAUUGAAAGAGGAAGCAAGGCUUUGCGGAAUUGUUCCUGAGGCAAGUUUUUUUUUUGGAAUUUUUUAA